AUGUGUGGUAUCUUCGCUUGUCACAAGCACGAGUCCGUAGACAAAUUCAAAGCCGAUGCGCUUCAGUUGGCCAAGCGCGUCAGACACCGUGGACCAGACUGGUCCGGUAACUACGUGAAGAACUCGACUAUUCUGGUUCACGAAAGACUAGCAGUUGUUGGUCUUGAUUCUGGUGCUCAACCAAUCACAUCUCAGGAUGGUGAUUUGUCGUUGACCGUUAACGGUGAGAUUUACAACCACAUCCAACUAAGAGAAGAAUUCCAGUCAUACCCUUUUAAAACGCUCUCGGACUGCGAAGCCAUCCUUCCCUUGUACGAAAAGUACGACAUUGAUGCGCCCAAGCACUUGGACGGUAUGUUCGCAUGGGCCUUGUACGAUGCUAAGAAGGACCGUAUUAUCGCUGCUAGAGACCCCAUUGGUAUCACCACGCUGUACAUGGGCCGUAGCUCCAGCACUCCUCAAACCGUGUACUUCGCUUCGGAACUAAAGUCACUCACCGACAACUGUGAUCAAAUCACAGCUUUCCCACCAGGUCACGUUUACGACUCUAUCACUGAUAAGUUUACUCGUUACUACAACCCUAACUGGUUGCAAGAGGGUCACACUCCUUCGGAACCUGUGGAUUACCUCAAGAUCCGUCACUCUCUAGAAAAAGCUGUGAGAAAGAGACUUAUGGCCGAAGUUCCCUACGGUGUGUUGUUGUCCGGUGGUCUGGACUCUUCUUUGAUCGCUUCUAUCGCGGCUAGAGAAACGGAAAAGGCCAACUCUGCAUUGAACGUUUCCGAAUACGACUCAGAAAACAAACAUUUGGCUGGUGUCGACGAUGCCGGAAACCUACACAGCGCCGGAUGGUCGCGUCUGCACUCGUUUGCGAUUGGGUUGCCUAACGCUCCAGAUUUGCAAGCCGCUCGUAAGGUGGCCAAGUACAUUGGCUGCAUUCACCACGAGCACACUUUCACUCUACAGGAAGGUUUGGACGCUUUGGACGAUGUGAUUUACCAUUUGGAGACUUACGACGUCACCACCAUCAGAGCAUCUACUCCUAUGUUCCUACUUUCCAGAAAGAUCAAAGCACAGGGUGUCAAGAUGGUGCUGUCUGGUGAAGGUUCUGACGAGAUUUUCGGUGGAUAUCUGUACUUUGCUCAAGCUCCUUCUGCCACUGAGUUCCACGCUGAAUGUGUGCAACGUGUUAAGAACUUGCACUUUGCCGACUGUUUGAGAGCCAACAAGUCUACUAUGGCUUGGGGUUUGGAGGCCCGUGUGCCAUUCUUGGACAAGGAGUUCUUGGAUGUGUGCAUGAACAUCGACCCACAAGAAAAGAUGAUCAAGCCAUCUGAGGGCCGUAUCGAGAAAUACAUUUUGAGAAAGGCUUUCGACACUUCCGACGAGCCCGACGUGAAGCCAUACUUGCCAGAAGAGAUUUUGUGGAGACAAAAGGAACAGUUUUCUGACGGUGUGGGCUACUCCUGGAUCGACGGUUUGAAAGACACCGCAGAGGCAACCAUUUCUGACGAGCAGUUCAAACAACCCAAGGCCGAAUGGGGUGACGACAUCCCUACCACCAAGGAAGCCUACUGGUACAGACUCAAGUUCGAUGCUCUUUUCCCCAAGACUGCUGCUGCGACCGUCAUGAGAUGGAUUCCAAAGGCUGACUGGGGCUGUGCCGAGGAUCCAUCCGGAAGAUUUGCCAAGAUCCACGACCAGCACGUUGACAAAUAG